GGGGGAGAAAAAUGUCUCGCCUCGAUGCUAAAAGGCCCUCAUUGUGUACCAGCGAACCUUUGACUAAGGAAGCCAUUAGCUGUGUUCUGUCUGUGUUCAGUGAAAUAGUCAAGUCUUGCUAUGGCCCCACAGGUAGGUUUAAACAGCUCCACAAUGGUAUGGGAGGAUAUGUCCGCACCACAUCGCAGUCAUCUGCUUUGCUCGCUGGCCUCUGCGUCACCCACCCGGUGCUAAAACUUCUGACAGCCUCCGUGCAGAGUCACCUCUCCCGUUUCAGUGACUGCGGCUUAUUCACGGCCAUUCUCUGCUGCAGCCUGCUUGAAAAAAUCAGAGCUUUGAACGUUGCUCCAUGCACUUCCAUUAAAAUCUGCCAGCACCUUUUGAGCCUGUGCACCGACUAUCUCUCAUCCGAAGCAUGCGGCUGUAGAGUGCCGGUGGAUUUCGGCAGCUCCAAGAUCCCUCUCGGGUUGGUGCGCAGUGUGCUGACCAGCAAACGGGCCUGUAUGCUUAGCAGGAACGAGGUAGAUCAUAUCAGCACUCUGGUGCUGAAGGCCUUUGUGUUGACCAUCAGCCCACAAAACACGGAGACCAGCGUUGCCUUCGGGAAAUGUCUUUAUAUACCUGUGAAAGAUAGGAGAGCUAUGGAUUCUGCGGUCUACCCUGGACUUCUGAUUGAAACACCCGACUUGGAUCUGACCACAGAGCUUCCCGUCAGAACGGCUCCUUCGUGCGCAAUCAAGAUGGCGCUUUUCUCUCUGUCCCUAUCAGGAGACUUGUCCGACACGGGAGAAGGAACCAUCUUUGUCCAUCGAAGAGUGUUUCUGCAAGCAGAGGUCUUAGGCCAGUUGCUUAAUUUAGGCAGGCAAAUGGUAGACGAUGGUGUGAGCCUUGUGGUGUGCCAAAAAGUUAUCCACCCAGCCCUGAAGCAGUACUUGAAGGAGAAACAUGUUGUGGCUGUAGAAAGAGUUGGCGCGGCACUGAUGGAGCCGCUGAAGCAAAUAACAGGUUCUCAGCCGAUGCCUUCUUUGCAAUUUCUAUCCCCUGCUUGCUACGGCCACCUGAAGGACUUGCGGGCCGAGUCGUUUGCUUCAAAACGGUUCUUGCAUCUAAUCCCUGACGACCCGGUUGUCUGCAGCUUGGUGCUCUGUAGCAGGAACGAAACUGCAUGGGAGGAGCUGAGGCUGGCUUGUCAAACGGCGGAGCAUGUUUUGCAAUUAACUGUCUCCGACCCCUGGGUACUGUUAGGUGGCGGCUGUACAGAAACUCAUUUGUCGUCCUACGUAAGGCACAAGAGUUGCGCUGUGACAUGCAGCACCUUGGAAAAUUUGUGCUGCUCUCGGGCAGAGUUCCAGUUGGUGGCCGAUUCCUUUUGUGGCUCGCUAGAAUCUGUGUCUCGCUGCCUAGAGCAUGACGGCGGCGACGUUCUCACCGAUACGAAAUGGGGACAUUUUUGGAGCGUUCCACCUGAUCUUCCUAGCGGGUCCGAUUGGUCUGACGUAGUUCAGAGGUGCGGCUGCGGCCUUUGUGGCCCCCAGCAAGGUCUCGAUUGGAAGAUUCUGCAAUGCCGUUCUCGUCCUUUCCCCCCGCAAAGUUGCGUUGGCAAGUCUUCCGUAACCUCCGCCGACAAUCCCGUUCUGGACUGCUUUGCGGCGAAAAGGAACGGCCUACAAGUCGCUGUUGAGACGGCCAGUCUGCUUUUAGAUCUGUCCUAUAUCGUGGAAGAUCGUAAUUAGGUUUCGUUUGCAAGCGUUUCUGCAUUCCACAGGUGUUCUGGAAUUUAGUGGCUCCCGAUCCCAUCACGUCUCCUUGCACCCACUGAAAAACCUCUUGAGAGACCUGUCCAGAAGAAGCAUUUGACUUUGCACAAGGAGCUGCAGUUGGGAAAGUAUGUCAGCUCCUCCCGCACACCUGAAGGCUCUUUGCACAUGCACAAGAUCUCAUUGGGAUCCCUGCCUCCAUGAUUGGGAUGGCUGCUUUCAAAAAUGGGAACAGACGGCUGCAAAAAUUGGAACAUGUAUUUUUUCCUUUUGGAAAAAUAAAUAAAUCCUUAUUUAAUAAAUACAUCAUAGUAAAACCUUUUUCUAGGAAGUAUUACAGACUGAUGGGCCAGAAUGCAGCGACGCAACAGUGGCAGUUAAUGAAGGUUGGUUACCUUACUUGGCUGAUAAAAUAACAGCUUAAAAACAUCUGAUGGGUUAGUCAUGUAUUAAAAGCAGGUUACAAAAUGAACCAUGUGUCGCACGCGAUGUCAGCUGUAGAAUCCCUGUAUCACAAGGCAGCUCGAAGCAUCGGAUGAAUCUAUAAAGCCAAUAUUAGUAAGGGGAUGCUUCAGUUCUGCUAUA